AUGUCCACGAUGUGCCGCCGCACUUAUACUCUAGCUACUCACACUCACACUCACACUCGCAUUCGAUCUCCUACCUAUCCUUCCUCGACAAGCUACAGUCGACCACUUCCUCGGAUAUUACCACAAAAGCAAAACAUACAACUACCACUGCAGCGAAGAUGGCGAUCUACACAUCGAGGCGGCACAAGAACAGCCCUCUUCUUUCCUGGCCAAGGCGUCCAGCGGGUGGGCAUGUUGACUCCGUGGCUCGAGGCCUUCCCUUCAACAGCAUCGCAGCUACGGGACGAGAUAGACGAGCAUAUGGGCUAUAAGCUCUCCGACAUCAUCCAGAAUGGGCCAUCCAGGCUUCUUACCGAGACACCAAAUGCGCAACCCGCCAUCAUGGCUACCUCGAUAUUUAUCUUGCGCAUUCUUGAGCGGGAGUUCAACUUUAGAGUCACCGACCACUUUGAUGUCACGCUCGGUCACUCAUUAGGCGAAUUCGCUGCUGUCGUCGCGGGCGGCUACAUCUCCUUCCAAGACAGUCUAUACCUCGUGCGCAAACGGGCGGAGGCUAUGUCUCAGGCCACAAGAAAUGCGAUCGAACAAUACGGCGGCGAAUACGGCAUGGUGGCAGUCAUUUCACACCCUGAACACAUGGCCAGUCUGAUCGAGGCAAUUCGGGAAUUUGUCGGCAUCUCGGCCGAAGACUCAGCGGACCUACCGCCUAUCGAGCAGGUGUUGAUAGCCAAUAUAAACAGCAAAAACCAGAUCGUGUUGAGUGGAAACAUUGAGCGCAUCAAGACACUUAUUGCCCAUGUCCGCCAAUUCCUUGGGUACGACCCGCGCGCCGUUCGUCUCAAGGCCGAUAGUCCGUUCCACAGCCCAAUCAUGAAGCCUGCUGUCGCUGUGAUGCGCCAGCUCCUGGAAGAGCCAAGCAAGGUCAAAGGUCGCGAGAACGAGGACAUGAUAACAUUCCCCGGGCAGUUACCGAUUGUGAGCAACGUAUCUGCGCGACCAGUCUGUUGCGAAAAGGAGCUCAAGGACUUGCUGGCUCGCGGCUGUCUGGACACAGUCCGCUGGUGGGACAGCAUCAAGUACCUUGAUCAGGAGGCGCGGAUACGGCGGUGGGUGGGCGUUGGACCAGGUAAAGUCGGUCGUAACCUUGUAGGCAAAGAAGUUGGUAUGCGCGGCAAAGAUUUGGUCAAGGGCGGAGGUGUAUGGGCCAUCACAGAUCCAUCAGAUGUCGAAGAGGUUCUGAGAGGACUGGAAGAUACUGCAGGUCUUAUGGAAGAUGACGAAUAUUCAGAGUAA